AUGAUUCGUGGUGAGUUGAGACCUGAGUGAGACACGGUAACGGUAUGGCCUUGACGCGGUCACCUGAUACAACGCGCCUACAUGAGUUACACGCGACAUGCGACGCGCAGAACUCUUUCAAAGCUCUUCAAAAUUUGGACUUGACUUUGCGAAGAGUCCAUUUAUAUUCUAUAUCUCGGGAUUGUCGAAGCACUUGAAGACUUGCAACUAUGAAAUACGCAUCUAUUAAGAACCCUGACUUGAAAUCGACGGCAGACCUCAUUGUGCUCAGCCACGAACGCAGAAACAUUAUUAUGCUCUUGCCAUCUACCUAUCAGGCAGCAUUGAAGCUGGCCAAACAGCUAUUUGGGCUGUCUGUAAAUGAUAAAAUCGUUCUCCAAGCAUAUGAACUGAUGGGCUGCGAAACCACAUUUGUCGAGAUCCACGAAAGUGCAUGGGCCUCCCUAAGCUCCAUACUGGGACGGGUUUACGUGAAGGUUCUACCUGCAGCUGCACCCGAAGCACCUGGAGAGAAUGCAGAUGUAGAGAUGCCAGAUUCCGUGCUGAAAGAUGUGCUCUCUUCUAAUCGAGAACGACAGCCCGAGAGUUAUGCGCAGGAUCCAAUAACUCUGUCAUCUUCGUCACAAUCUGAUGUAUUGAAGGCGUCAGCCCAUGUAGGGCCAUCGAGACACAUAAACGAAUCCUCUCAAUCAAAACAAGCUUCACCACAGUCAAAAGGAAAGACGCCCGUUCGUCGUUUCCGCCCCCGCAUCCUUUCUGAGGCACAGGAAGCCGAAAAUGGAGACGAGGAGGGUUUGCAGAAAGAUGAUACUUUUGAACACGAGUCGGGAGUGGCCCGUGGCAAGCGCAAGAGUCCAUCUUUCCGUCGUUCAAAUGAAAUGAAUGACCUGCAGGAGGGACACUCGACCGCGAACCAAAACCGGUCACAAGUAGACGGACAACCCCUCAAGGUGAAAAAGGAACUUGGGUCGAUUCCGAAAGACCAAGCAGAAGAAAAUAGCAGGCAAAGAAGUCCGCGUAAAAGACCUCGUCUGUCAGCUCAAGACGAUGUAAAAGCAGACCUGAAUGCGAAUUUCCUCGUGACCAUUGAAUUCGGAGAAGAUCCAGAGUUAGAUGAUUUCCGACGGUCCAUUUUCAAAGUCAAAGGCAAACAUUCAGUCGGCAAAGUCUUGUCGAUGGCUUGUCAGACCUUCAACAUAGAACGCGAAGAUGCACAGAGCGCGCAUUUGGUUAUGAUCGUGGAGGAUGAAGAGGACGGGGAAGCUAUAGAACAUCGUUUCGAAUGCGCGAAUAAUGCUACUAUGGCACAGGCUGGUGCAUAUGCCGAAGCACGAUUUGUCAUAAUUGUUGGCAACGAUGAAGAAUAGGAGUGUCAAAACGGCCUAGAUUAAAUCCUCUAUAUCUAAACUAUACAUAUGAUUUCCUAGUUUUCCCAGUUGUACUGCGAACGUGUUGACGCAUGAAGUCUCAUGUUAAUAACAUCAAGGUGGCUGCAAUUCCACCUA